UUUCAGCCAACGUAACAGACAAAACAACCGUAAAAAACACACACACACAGACAUGCUGCCGACAUUUCCUUCAUAAUAUUAAGGAUUUGUUGAACUUUAGACUCCGCCACUGUUUAGAGCCCGGAGGAACGGCAAGAUCCCACGGGGUGUCAGCCACGUGACGAUGACCCCAAUCACCUGGUUUCGCCGAUGAUUCAGGGGUUGGAGGAGGGGUCCGGCGGAGAGGGUUCUCCUUCAGCGCAGGAAGGCGCCUCUCGCCUCCGACCGAAUUUUAUCGAGACCACAGGAGCUCGAUGAGAGUCCCGGACACACUCCACUCUCCCCCCGACCCCGAAUAAGCUGGCUUCCUCAAACCCAUCCCUUCACCUCCCGGGUGAGGAGGGGAGGGGUCACCGACACCCUAACUUCACUCUGACCGACAGCCUGGAGUGUGAGGGCCGGAGCCUGCUGAAGAGUCUGGUGAAGAGUGCGGCUCUGCGGGAGGAGUGUGUCCAUGUGGCCACCCUCGAGCUCUCCAUGUUGGAGUUCUGCGAGGGGCUGGAUGACAGCGUGAAGGCGAGGCUGAGAUUUGAGGAUGGUUUCAGCGACCCCCUACACUGGGAGCAGAGUGAUGCCUUCCCCCUGGAGCGGUUCACCGGCCCGGAGCUGGUGUCCUGGCUGGAAAUGGACCUGGGAUCGGCAGGAAAGCACUGGAUGCUCGUUCUGGAUUCCCUCAGCCAACUCCUGCAGGCAAGAGGGGCCGCGACCCUCUGCCGGGACCUACACGCAUUCCAGCGGAGAGCCGCCUCUGCAGGUCUGGGGAUAGGCCGGGUGCUGGGCCUGCUCCACGCUGACCUUCACCAGCCCCAGGAACUGGACGUCGUGGCCCAGAUGGCGAGUGCCGUGGUAUCACUUACCCCUAUCGCCCAGGGUCACCGUUUGUGCCAGGAAUUUACAGCACACGCCAUUGCCACCUGCUCCCACAGAAGGAAGUCAGGCAAAGUCCACCGAACGGUGGAGUGUUUCACUGUGGAGGACGAUCUCAGACUCAGGACGGCGGUGGUCCCAUUCCCGGACGAGGCGCCAACAGAGACAUCGGUAAAGGUGGACCCCACCGCAGACCUGACCUUCAACCUGCGGCUGACAGCAGAGGAGCAGCAAGCAAGGUCAUCUGUCCCACUGCCCUACCACCUCUCUCCUGCCAGGAAGGCUGCCCUCUUACAAGGAGAUAGCAAGGCAAAGAUUCACUACCAGCCCGAUGCCAGCGACGAUUUUGACGAGGAAGAUCCUGAUGAUGACCUGGACAUCUGAGGAAUCCACUGGACUUGUACUGCCUCCACUAUCUGCACUCCCCUUCACCCUCAGUGAUGUGGUCAGGAUGUUGAGUCAUUGUGCCACUGUCAUGGACUUUCCCAUUAUUGGGAUCGCCCCCGGUAACUACAACGAGGACAGAGAAACUGGAAUGAGAAUCCACUGCUGACCACUGAGAUCUCUGAUGGCAGCUGCCCACCACUUCCCUGGAUCCUCGUUUCUCCCUCUGCUCCAAACUUUGGGACCUUCAGCCUCUUCUGGUGUUAAAUAAAAUAUUCGCGUUUUA